CUAAGGACAACAGCAUCUGAGAUCUGUUCCUUUAAUAGCAAGCCUAGUUUUCUAACCGACUAAAUCAUACAUGAAGGGAGGAAUGAUCUUUCUGUUUUCUUACUUUCUGUCACUCAUCAUUUGAUUGAUGAAUGAUGGCAGGUCGGGAAUCGGCUAAAUUCUCAGGGAUGAACGCAUACAACUUGUAUACUGAUGUCAUGUUUGUUUCUGCAGGAAUCCCUAAUACUGUUGGCCUCUUGACAGAGACAUGG